AUGACCUUAGCCGGAUUUCAGUAUACGAAUAAUGGAGAUGCCGCUCGUUGCCACACAUGUGGUCUGGAAGUAUCAGGAUGGACAUGCGACAUGGAACCAUUUGCUAUUCAUGUAAAUCGCAGUCCUACUUGUCCAUUUGUUCUAUUGAUGUUACCUUCUCAGAACGUAACUAAAGAUUCAAUGGGCAAUUUUAUUCAAAUCGCUGUAGCAUCAAACAAUCCAAGGCAAUCACUUCCAAAGUCAGAAGUCGAUACAAAUACUCUCAACAAACAUUUCAACAUACUUGUUGAAGUAGAUAACAUCAAAGAGGUGCGAAAACGUACAUUUUCACAUUGGCCACAUCGAUCAUCACUUUCCAUCUCACAAAUGAUCGAAGCUGGGUUUUUUAGUUGUAAUGUUGGUGAUCGUGUCAUAUGCAUUUAUUGCAAUAUCAUCUGUCAACAAUGGACUCCAAAUAAUGACAAUCCAUGUGAAAUACAUAAAAUACUCUCACCCAAAUGUCCUUAUGUUAUUGCUACGUUGACUCGUUCACAAACAUCAUCGAUUUUAGUGAUUAAUGAACAUUAUCGCACUGAUCAAUCAUCAGGCUCAACUAGCACCGAUCUAUUUCGAUGUAAUGCAAUUGUUUAUACUGCAGCCUGUAAUACAGCUUAUAUUGAAAUACCGAAACGGCAUGCAUCUUUUGCCAGUUGGCCAAAUGAAAAUUUGCCAUCUGUUGAUGAUCUAGUCAAAGCUGGAUUCUUUUAUACAGGCAGUAAAACUAUUGUGACUUGUUUUUAUUGUAAUGGUUCUUUACAAAACUGGGGUCCCAAUGAUAAUCCAACAAUAGAACAUGCUCGUUGGUUUCCACAUUGUGCAUAUGCAAAACAAUUGUGUGGUGCUGAACUGUAUCAAAAGAUUCAAGAAUCGAAACAAAUUCAAGCAAGGACGCAAGCUAAUAAUACAAACGAUCAAACUGGAGAAAAUGGUGGUAGCUCAAGCUAUGGACGUCUUUUGAUACCAGAUGAGAGUACCUUAUCGAGACUUGUAGCUGCUCGACUUGAUCUGCCAAUUUCACAAAGUUUACUUAAUCGUAAUUUCAAACUCUCAAUCAUCAAAAGAUGUUGGGAGGAUCAGCUUCGGUUAAAACGUAGAUGA